GAUUCUUUCGCACAGACUUCUGGGAAAUGUAGUUUGCAGCGCUGUAACAACACUGGGAGCAGUCCAGGAAACCCCUUUCCGGCUUUUGGUCUCUUACAAGUGCGUCUUCCCCAAAGUUGGGCGACAGUCCGGUCCUAUUGUGGUUUCCAGGAAAUGCUGUCUUUCUGGGAUGUGGCCAUUGAUUUCUCUCCAGAAGAGUGGGAAUGCCUGCAGCCUCCUCAGUGGAAUCUGUACAGGGAUGUGAUGUUGGAGAAUUACAGCCACCUUGAAUUCCUGGGUCUUGCCGGUUCUAAGCCAUUCCUGGUGACAUUUCUGGAGCAAAGACAAGGGCCUUGGGAUGUAAAGAUACAAGCAGCAGCCCCCAUACAUUCAGGAACAAUACCCAAUGAUUGUAACAAUUACAGCAAGGCCAUUGAUUGUAAAUCACUCCUUAUUCAGCGCCAGAGAAUUCAUACAGGGGAGAAACCCUACAAAUGUGAAGAAUGUGGUAAGGCCCUUAGUUCUCAUAAAACCCUUUCCAUGCACCAGAGACUUCACACUGGAGAAAAACCCUACACGUGUAAAGAAUGUCACAAGGCCUUCAAUACUCGCUCAUCACUUUUUAUACACCAGAAAAAUCAUACUGAUGAAAAAACCUACAAGUGUGGAGACUGUGGCAAAUCCUUUUACUAUCCUUCAAUGCUGAAACAGCAUCAGAGAAUUCAUUCUGGAGAGAAACCCUACAAGUGUGAUGAAUGUGGCAAAUGCUUUUGCUAUCCCUCAUUCCUUAAGCAACAUCAAAGAACUCAUUGUGGAGAAAAUCCCUACAAGAAUGAAGAAUGUAGCAAAAGAUUUUCCAGUUCUGCACGCUUUCGGGAAUAUCAAACAAUUCACACUGCAGAGGAACCCUACAAGUGUGAAGAAUGUCACAAAGUCUUUCGUUACCACUCUGCUCUUAGGAUACAUAAGACAGUUCACACUGGAGAGAAACCCUACAAGUGUAAAGAGUGUGGCAAAGGUUUUUCCUCACCUUCAUGCCUUAGACGACAUCAAACAAUUCACUCUGAAGACAAUCCCUACAAGUGUGAAGUGUGUGGCAGAUGUUUUUGCUCAUCUUCUUCCCUUAGACGACAUCAAACAUUCCAUUCUGAAGAUAAUCCCUAUAAGUGUGUAGAGUGUGGCAAAAGGUUUUCCUGUUCUGCAAGCCUUCAGGAACAUCAAACAAUUCACACUGGAGAGAAACCCUACCAGUGUGAAGAAUGUCACAAAGCCUUUCGUUAUCACUCAGCUCUUAGGAGACACAAGAGAGUUCAUACUAGAGAGAAAUCCUACCGGUGUGAAGAGUGUGGCAAAUGUUUCUCCUCAUCUUCAUGCCUUGGACGACAUCAAGCAAUUCACACUGCAGACAACCCCUACAAGUGUGUGCAGUGUGGCAAGGCCUUUGUUAAUCUUUAUAGCCUUACUCGACACAUGAUAGUUCAUACGGGAGAGAAAUCCUACAAAUGUCUUAAAAAAUUUACUUCUUCAGACCUUAAGACACAUCAAGUGACUUAUUCUGAAUAAAACUCUGUGAGUGCAUGGGGUGUGAUAACAUCUUUGCUAAUCAUUCAGAUCUUAUCCAACUCUAACGAAUCCAUAGUGGAGAAUAUUAGGUUAAUCAUUUUGAAUAUCGACAUGAGCAUCUAAUUUCCAGGAGCACAAAUGUUAAGCAUGUCAUCAGACGACAGUACAGACUUCCCUUUGCUGUCAUCUCCAUACCAGCUUGUUCAAGCAGUGUGUUUGAAACUUGCCUUGAUGAGUUUCUUUCUCUGUAUCUAUAAAUGUUCCAUGAAACUGUUACCAUGUCAUAACUUUGUCUGUCAGGUGCCCUAAAUCUGAGAUCUGGGCCGUGGCAGAGUUACUGGUAUGUUUCCCGGGGAGGUGGGGGGUCACACAAGCUCCUGUAAUAACGUCUCCCCGGGGUGUGUAAGAAUCUCCAUAGACUCAUAUUUCUCACUAAGUUGGAGUCUGGUGAGAUGGUCUACAUUGGUGCCGAUCUGGGCUGAAUGGGCAUUUCCGUUUGUCUUCCCAGGAAAUGCUAACAGAACACAUUAUCAAUCAUAUUUGAUUCUAGGAUAAAGAAUUCCUUAUUUUCUUUAAGUUCCUAACACCAUUUCUCAUGACUCCAACUGUCAUGUCAUAGAAACCUUGUCCCAUAUUGAAAUAAGGACCCGAGUCAAUUGCACUCACUCAGCAGAAAGGAUGCGUUUGGUUACUGGCUAUGGGAUCAUCAAGUAUGAGACAUUGUAGGUGCAGAUCUUACUUUGCUGUUGAUACAGACCCGAAAAGUCAUCUCAGUCUUGAGUUUACUAAGUUACUGUAAACUGUUAAGGGCAAUUAAAACCUUGAAGAUAAUAGGAACUCACCUUCUGAAUGAAUAGAUGUCUGUAAUGUGCCCAGAAUUGUGUUUCUAGUCAUGCUAAGUCCAGAUGAAAUUUAUUUACAGAUAAGAGAUUGGAAGAAGAGGCUAAUUUAUGUCUCUCAUUCUAUAGCCUUCUGCUUAUGCUACUGUAUAUUCCAAAGCAUGUACCUCGAAACAAGUUUAAACAUAGUUUGUUUAAUAUGACAUACAAUUAAAAACCAAGUAUAAUUAUACUUUAAGAACUCCUGGUGUGGGGAAUAGAAUCUUAGUGCCAGAGGCACUCCUUUUACAAUACUCUUAGAUGGCAGCGCCCCAGGCUCGAGCAGCACCAUCCCCUUGUAUAGGCCACAGGCCCUACCUGAGCAAUUUACAUGUUCACCCCGUGACAUCACAAGAAUGUAAGACUGUCUGCUGCUUCUGUCUCUCCUGCUAUGUCUGCUUGAGUAACCAGGCCCUGCAGGGUGUUAAGCUUGGUCAAACGAUGGGCUGCCUCAAGAUAAAUAAUUCUACGGGUCCAGUAUCUGCCCUUCAUAAAAGUCAAAGAGUUGAAAGGCACUAAAAGACGUGGUUCAUGAAGGAACUUAGGCCUUGUCGGGCCAUCCUGGCUAUACUGCGUCUGUUCUGGAGCCUCUACAGGGAAAUCCAUUUGUGAUGUUGCCCACACACAGAAGACAAUUGUUUUCUAUAGUGUGAAGGCAGAAACAUAAGCAAGAGUAGUUGUCAGGCUCGUUGGGGCAGAAAGCCCAGCAGAUCACAGUCAUAGGGCAAAGGAAUCUCAAGGGCAGAGGGAAUAUCCUCCCACAGUUAGAGGAAGACGACUUGGGGACCUACUAGAAAGAGCUGACACUGGGGACCAGUGUGGCUUCUCUAACUGGAGAGCCACACCACUAAGGAGCCCUCCAGCAUAGCAAAAGGGGUCCCACACCCCACAGCCACUGUGAGUUGGGCCUGGCAUCCCUGGCUGCUCAGUCUAAUGGAUGACUGAGGUUUCAGAAGGAUAACCAGAGACUUUAAGAGGUUCAGCAAAGCCUUGUGACCUCAUGCCUAGAAGUAUCUGGGAUAACUGAGUGCAUACUGGCAUCAGUUAGAGUCGAAGGGACAUAGAGAACGGAUUUCUUUUCCUAGGAAGAGAUGAACGUGGAACUCUCCGAAGCUGCCAGAGGAGAAGUUAUUGUGUAUAGAAAGGUAUUUGGUUGGCAAAUUUCAAUAAGAUUAUUUGAUACUUCUAAUAUCUUUGUAUUUUAUAAAUCAUUUCUGUGUCCUGAUUUUGAGAAGCUGAGGUAAAUUCGAGGCAGAUGCCCUGACUUUCAAAAUUCUCUCACGUGAGAAUUUCAGUAUUAGAGAAGGAACGGAAAGUGAACAUACAACAGACCAAACCUGCAGACGGAAUUCCAACAGUGGAUGACGGGUGAGCUGUCAUUACACACACCAGUUUGAGCCAGGAGCUGUGUCCCUCCGGUUGGGAUGGGAGCAGGGGCGGCAAGCAUGAGCUCACAGCAGCGUAUAUGUACCUGAGUUUGUGAAAAAACCAGGUGGAUACUGGUAAGAUCCUGGUAGGGCUCAUACUAAAGCUGAAUUUCUUAUAUAUGUUAACAUCUGAGUUUUACUAAGGGCUUAAGGGUGGGUGGGAACUCCUGCGAUGGCCAACGGGAGUUCUUUGUCAAUAAACGUUAUGGAGUUACGUUUAACUUUCUUCGGGGCUUUAUAUGCUCUCUGUGCCCCUGACCAUAUACUUCAGUAUUUGGGUUCCAAAGUUCUCACAAAAACUAUUUUUUAAGCUGCAGAGUCUGUUCCAUGUAUGACCCACACAGAGAUUCAAUUCAGAGGAACCGGGAUUAUUUUUUUUUUCUAGUACUGGGUAUUAAAACAAAGUCUGCAUUACAGUCGAGUGCAUUAACGUUGGCUCACUACUGAAGUAAAGAAAACAGCAGGUGCCAGGUACA